UUCGUAUUUCGCUCUUAACCAGGCGCAGUUGACUAAUUCUCACAAUGGCAGACCAUCAACCAACACUCAAUGAUCUCGCAGCUAGGGUCACCGAGCUUGCGAAGGAAUUUACCGACUACCUCCAGGAAAAUAAUGUCCCGCCGCCAACGUUUGCCGCAGAUAGCCCUACAAGCUAUAGCAAUCUAUCUCCAGAAAGCUUUCUGACACGUCAGAUGCUAUCGGAUACUCUUAUGGAUAUGUGGUACCUGGUUCAGGGACCGAGUGAGAGCAUCUUCAACUAUGUUCAUACUUGCAUGCCUGAUGCCGCAGCUCUCCAUCUCCUGAAUUAUUUCGACUUCUGGUCCAGUGUGCCGCUGGAUGGCUCUGGUUCAUAUGCAGAUAUCGCCAAACAUACUUCUCUUCCAGAAGAAGUUGUUCAACGUAUCUUAGCGCAUGCGACAACUCUCCGCAUCUUUGCAGAAACAGAGCCUGGAAAGUUGUCAUCUCGUAUUCAACAUACGUCGCGGUCCGCCGCUUUAGCUCGUUCUUCUGGGCUCAGGGCUCUUGUUUCCACAAUUCUGGAUGACGCGGGACCGCCCAUGAUGGUCAUGAACAAGGCUCUGCAGAAAUACACCUGUGGAAAACCUACCUUGACGAAAAAUAUGAAUGAGACGUCGUUUGCUUUGCUCCAUAGCGGUGGUCUGUUCGGAAAGUACGCCAACUGCUGGGAGUUCAUUGAAAACGAUGGCGAGGGAGAGAGAAAGGGAUGGCGUCAGAGGAACUUUGUUGAGUUCAUGCGCUACAUUAAAGAAAUUUUCCGCCUCGAGGAAGUCGUGUUGAAAUCUUAUGAUUGGAAAGGAGCAGGGAAGGCGACCGUAGUGGAUGUCGGUGGCUCAGGCGGCCACGAUGACGUGGUCCUCGCACAAAACUACCCUGAUCUCACCAUUACUGUGCAAGACUUGCCCCAGGUGAGACCUACGUUUGAGGCGAAUCUGCCCGCAGCCCUCAAAUCGCGUGUCUCCUUCAUGGAACACAACUUUUUCCAUCCGCAAGCCGUCCAGGCCGACAUCUACAUGAUCAAAAUGAUCCUUCACGACUGGCCCGAUCAAGAAUCAAUCCAAAUCCUACGGAGCUUAGUGCCCGCCAUGAAGCCUGGUGCUCGUGUCAUAUUUAUCGACUACGUCGGCAAGCGCGAGGAAAGAGAAGGCCCACCAUUGCCGCGUUCGAUUCAGCAAAUGGGUACCGCGACGGAUUUGCGGAUGAUGGCGUUGUUCAACGCCAAGGAACGCCCGGUUGAUGCAUGGAAGGGCAUUUUCCGUGCUGCGGAUGAGCGGUUUGAAAUUACUCGUGUUGAUGCUAACCCGCUCGCCUUCUUCGUGGUAAUUGAGGCAGUCUGGCGCGAGUGAUAUGAUGUGAUUAGCUUGUGCGGGGCAUCAGAGGCCAAAGUUUAUUUGUGUAUUUUGUAGAAAGUGGCGCCUGAACUGGGAUCAGGCAGAUGUAUCAUGAAACUUAUGACUGUGUAUGUGCAUAUAUG